AUGGCAUCUCCCCACGAUCCCAUAUUCGAGGAAAAAGUCUACCUCGCAUUCAAGGACAUCUUCACAGGUCCACGCGCCGAAUUCCGCAGGUCCAAGGCCGUGCUGCCCAUCGUCAGCAAGUACCAAAACCACAGUCCCGUCAGCUCCCUUCUCAGGACCACCAGCCAGCAGGCUGUGUGCGAGUCACUGUGUUACUUGCUUAAAGAGAGGGUCUUUCAGGACAAGGGAAUAGCGGCACACCGGUUCGCAACGAACCCGCCCAUUGUCGCGCAGCCUCCGUCAGAGUCUGGGGCCGUUGUUUCGGAUGUCCGUGUGAUGUUUGGUCAAAUAGAAGCCCCUUUUGCUGCAUCGCUGAUUACAACGGACAUGAUCAAGUGCGAAUCUUCAGAGCUAGGAGCAACGCAACCGGGAUCGGUACCUGAGACUGACUCCGUGGACGACUACGAAGACUCAUCAGAUGAUAGCGCGAUGUUGGACAAGCAAGAAAUGGAGAAUCUUGUGCCCGCGCCUCACAAUAGCAAAUACCGGACAGAGACAUCACAGCUUCAGGUCUCACUCCCUCUCCGCAUCCAGAAUCUCAUUCUGUCUCGCGUGCAGGCUAUUCUGGAGCUCGCAUGCUUCGAAUUUGCCAAGGAAAAGAUGCCUAAAAUCCUCGAGAGUCGAAAUUGGCGUUGCCCAAAGGCCGGUGAGCUGAACCUAUGGGUGGGGGAGUUCAACAAGAGGAUCGCUGCGUUCGAGAACAACGUCAACAACCCUGGAGGUUACGAGAUUUCGAAAUGUUUCCAGACAGCCACACACAUCCGCCACUUCGCCGUCCAUCGCAGACACCUCUCCACGACUCAUCUCCAGUCCCUGGUAAACAACGCCGAGGGCCUCUGCAAGAUUCUCGGAAACAGCCAAGCCUUGGCCCAGAUAGAAUCGAUUUGGGGAUAUGCGCAAGCCCAGAUUUCAGAGUUGGAAUCUCUCAAGGAGGAGACCGUUGUGGAGCUUGAGAGCAGCCUUGACGACAUAGCUGCUCGACGGGCAGAGCUUGAUCUCUUGGAGGCAGCGAGCAUCGCCAAGGCCCAUGACAAGCUCAACGGUCACCAUGAUCUUGCAAGUGAUGAGUUGGAGAAGAUUCUCCUGGACAGACACAUGGUUCUGAUGGCGGCUGGCAAAGUGGAGGAUAAGAAGGAGGAAGAUAAAGCAGACGAAUCCGAUGCCCAUCUGUCGGAAGAACUGGACGCUCAGCCACCAGAGGAGGCCAAAGUCGAACAGUGCCAGCCUCCAUCGGGAGGGCUUCACAUCUUGCAACAGCGCAUCAAGCAGAGCAUGCUCUUGACUCAGAAGAUCUACAACACACUGAGCUCUCUCCCGACUUGUCUUCACGCCGUCUGCAACUCUCUUCUAUUGCUGUCGCCUAUCCUCUUCGCCAUAGCCGCCGCGUAUGUGCUUGGACCUGGUGGGAUGGAACACAUGUGGAGUGUUCUCUGGUGGGGUGAGUGGUGA